UAAUCAUUUACAUUUCUCAUAGCAAAUUUGUAUUGAUUAAAUUGAUACAGUUUGUGUUCGUUUUAAUGAUAUGUGUGAAUUUUUUCAUUCUCUUUAAUACUAGUACAAGUGGAAGAACCUAUGUUCUCUCUUACAUGAAUUAUGUCAUUUUCAAAUGAAAUAACGUUUAUAAUGUGACAUUCCUACUUUUAGGCUGAAAAUAACUAUUGAACUACCGAAAUAUAUAGGAUGUUGAUAAAGUGUAAAACAAAGGGAACCAGAGUGAAGGGCUUAGCCUUUCACCCUCAUCUCCAUUUUCUAUUGGUUUCCUUACACUCUGGUGAAAUACAGUUAUGGGACUACCUAAAUUCCUCAUUGGUCGACGUAUUUAAGGAUCACGAUGGUCCAGUGAGAGCAGUGGACUUUCACAUUGUGCAACCAUUGUUUGUUAGUGGAGGCGAUGAUACAACAAUUAUAGUAUGGGAUUUUACCCAGAGAAAGAAACUAUUUACAUUACUUGGACAUUUGGAUUAUAUAAGAACCGUACAAUUUCAUGAAAGGUAUCCAUGGAUCAUAUCGUCUUCAGAUGAUCAAACAGCGAGAAUCUGGAAUUGGCAAUCUAGGUCAUGUCUAAGUGUGUUGACAGGCCAUAAUCACUAUGUAAUGAGUGCACAAUUCCAUCCUAAAAAGGAUUUAGUUAUCACUGCUAGUCUUGACCAUACUGCUAGAAUUUGGGAUGUAUCUUGUCUGAGUGAAAAAACAUGCUCUAUACAAAACGUCCAGAGUAUAAACAAUGGAGACAAACUACUUUCCUCAUUUCAAAUGUUGCAUGAGGGAUCCAAAAGUGGAAUUAAUUUUAGAGAUGGUUCUGGAUCUAUAGAAUUGAUGGGAAUAAGUGAUGUAAUUUGCAAGCACAUCCUAACAGGGCACUCUAAAGGUGUAAAUUGGGCUAUAUUUAAUGAAGACGCUCCUAUAGUUAUAACAGCAAGUGAUGACAAAACUAUCAGGGCCUGGAGGUAUACAUCGGAUACGGUUUGGCAAACUAACAUAUUAAGAGGGCAUCAAAAUAAUGUUUGCAGUUUAAUAAUGCAUCCAAAUAAUAUAAAAUAUCUAUUAUCAGUAUCUGAGGAUCAUUCUAUAAGGGUAUGGGAUUCCUCUAAGUGGUCCUUAACUCACACAUUUUUAAUGGAUAACGACCGUUUUUGGAUAGUUUCAAAACCUAGGAGCUCUAAUUAUAUUGCUGCCGGCCAUGAUUCUGGAUUUAUAGUAUUCAAGUUGUUCAGAGAACGUCCAAUUGUAACUAUCGUAGGGGAUGAUUUAUACUAUGUAUGGAAUGAUGUAAUAUAUAUCCAAAAUGUUGAUAAAGAGUGUAGCGAUUAUGAAAAUGAACUAAAAUUACCAGAAGAUGUCAAACCUGCGUAUGCUGAUAAAUCUGGGACUCACAGACCAAUCGUGGAUGCCUCUGAUCUACAUGAUGAUAUAACUCCCGAUGGAUCAUUUCCUAACUCAAACUAUCAUUCUUUGGAUAAUUCUGAUAUGGCUGUAGAUACACCAACGGAUAACCUGGCUUUUCCAUCGCCCUCUGGUGAUUAUUGUAAGUCUCGCUCUGUAGUUGCUUAUGUUAUGGGUUCUGCAGAUAUAGAGUCUCUCUCAGAACGGUUCCUCAACAAUCUCCUGGGAAACUCCAAAAGUAUACCAAAAUCAGCAAUAAUACCAAAAGUUUUACAUUAUAACAUAUAUAAUACAGAAAGAGUCUGUCUUCUCUUGGUUUACUCAAACAAAACUCAUAAAUCAUUUGAAAUAUUAAUAAAAACCCCCAUUAUUGGCACUUUGGACUAUAAAAUGUCAUCUCAAAUAAGAGCUGGUCUUUCAGCUUGUUUUUCAUCCAAAAACACCUUUGUAGCAGUAGACACAGAAUUUAAAGCAUCUGUAUGUGCAAUAACUGGUGAAUUGAGUCAUAAAGUAGAUAUAUCAUCUCCAAUCGAUAUGGUUUUUCCCAUAUCUACUAACAUAGUCUUGUUUUGGUCACAUAAAGAAAACAAGUUGAUGAUCUACAAUUCCUUGGAAAAUAGUGUAGUUGUAGAAGCAACAUCGCCCUACGGGAAACUAAAAUUGGUCAUUGUUUCUAAAUCACGGCAAUUAAUAGCAACAGUUUACCGUAACUUUGUAAUUAUCUAUGACAGAAACUUAAAGAGGAUUGCAAUUGUGGAAAGUUAUUCUAAAAUUAAAAGUGCUGCAUGGGAUGAAAAUACAUCCGUUAUAUUUUCUACAAGCACACAACUUCACUAUUUGCUUGUUAAUGGGAAUACUGGCAUAAUACAGAGUGUACCAAAUCCCAUUUAUCUUUUACGAAUUGCCAACAAAAUAAUGUAUAUUAUGGGAAGAAAUCAUAGGUGUUACAGAUUAAAAAUCCAGUCAAACGAUUAUGCCUUUAAAUGUGCGGUAUACUCAAAUAAUCUAGAUGUUGCCAACAAAUUGAUUGAUUCCAUGCAGCUAUCCGGUAAAUUUAUAAUUUCCUAUCUUAUUGAUAAUGGACAUGCUUCUAUGGCUAGGAAGAUUAUUAAGGAUAAUAAAUCCAGAUUUGAAAUAGCGCUGAAAUUUGGUAUUUUGGAUGAUGCUGUAGAAGAUGCUCAAGCUCUUGACACACCAGAAACAUGGAAGCAACUAGGUGAUGCAGCGUUAUCUCAGGGUAAUUGCUCAAUAGCUGAAUUUGCAUAUCAAAAAGGUAAAGUCUUUGAUAAGUUGUCAUUAUUAUAUCUGAUAACGGGGAAUACUUCAAAAUUGAAGAAAAUGAUGAACAUAUCAAAGUUUCGCAAAGAUAGCUCAUCUGUACUUAGGCACACAUUAUAUUUGGGUGAUAUGGAAGAAUUUGCCAAUACAUUGAAAGAAAGUGGGUAUACAAAAUUAUCAGAGGCUUGUCAAAAAACCUAUGGCUUAGCAAGUGGUGAUGGUCAUAGUAAUACUAAUGCUAAAUACUUGACGCCUCCCCAACCUAUCGUAAAGUAUGAUGAAAACUCUAUCAAUUGGCCUAUACGGAUCAAAAUAGGAAAGAAUAAAAAUGUGGAUUAUGAUCAAAUUGUUGAUAAAUUUGAUGGUUUGGAUUUGGUACAAUAUGAACCAGUUAUACAUUCUAAGUCUGCUCGUCCCGAAGAUAAUGUUUGGGAUUCUAUCGAUGAUAACGAGCUGGAUCUGCAUGAAAAAAAUAAUCAAUCAUCAGAUGUAGAUCUUGUUGAAUUAGUGAUGGAGGGUAAAUUUAUCGGUGUUAUCGAGCUGUUGACCAAAAUAUUUGGAGAUGUCGACUCUGAGGUUUUGAAGGUGGUAUUAUCGUAUAUUCACAAUACUUCGGUAUCUAAUAGCGUUGAUCCAUUCCAACAGCUUAAUGACUUCAAUUUUGGGACUAAGAAAUCGUUUGGAAUGGAAAAUAUUGCAGAUAUGAUACAAGAGGGUUUUAAAAAUGUAACCGCCGGAAAUUUUGAGGAAUCUUUGGCAUCAUUUCGUCAAACUUUACAGUGUGGAAUACUAAUGGUUCUAAAAUAUCCAACAGAGAUGAAAGUAUAUGUAGAUCAGUGCCGUAUAUACAUACUAGCAAUGAUACUGGAACUAGAAAGGGAACGUCUAUCAAAUAUAGAUCCCAGAAGGAGCCUAGAGCUUGCAGCUUAUUUUACUUGUUGCGAUAUGCAACCAAGACAUAGAUAUCUAGCGCUUAGAAGAACGAUAGGGCUCAUGUGGAAGGCGCAGAAUUACAUCAGUGCAUCUGCAUUAGUCAAGAGACUUCUAAGUGAAGAUAUAACUGGUAUUGAAGGUGCAAAAGAAGAAAUGACCAAGGCCAAACGCAUACAAACACUCUGCGAACAAAAGGGAACUGAGGCGUAUAGAUUAGAUUUUGACGCUGGUGACAAGGACCUAGUAUUAUGUACACUUAGUUUCACUAAGAUUAAAUCCAGCAGUAUAGUUCAGUGCAAAUACUGCAAAUCUAUUGCCCUCGAGAAGUUCUAUGGAGAGAUUUGCAACAUAUGCCAGAUUUGUACUCUCACUUGA